GGGUUUAAGUAUAUUAUCAUUUAAUUUCACUGUGAAGCAUUAUUGUUGAAAGCUGACUUCUCAGAUCCUUCCUUGAAAUGAAAGCGGGCGUGCUCCACUGUCGAUGUGCCAAAUGUUUCUCUCUGCCUCUCCGGAAGCGGGUGCGAAAGCGUGCGUCUGCCGUCACGCUGCUGUCCCUUCCUGAAGAGCUGCUGCUGUGUGUCCUCCAGUGCCUCUCCGCUGAGGAUCUCCUCGCCGUCAGAGCUGUUCAUUCUCAUCUUCGUGACGUUAUCGAUAGUAACUCGAGUGUCUGGGCUCGAGUGAGUUUCAAAGACCGCUGGCCGGUCCCGGAUACCGUUUGGCUCUUUGAGAGGGCUGCGGAGAAAGGGAACUUUGAAGCUGCUGCGAAACUAGGAAUUGCGUAUUUGUACAAUGAAGGGCCUUCGCUCAGUGAGGAGGGACGUGCUGAUCUGUGCGGCCUCAUGGCAUCCCGGUACUUCAGCCUGGCCGAGAGCCUCCGGUCCCCGCUGGCCGAGCCCUUCAUCUGGCUGUUCAUCCGGCCGCCGUGGUCCAUGUCUGGAGGCUGCUGUAAGGCUGUGGUGUACGACCGACUCGAAGCUGAGUGUGAGACCAACCUGAGCCGGAGAGGGACGUUACUGUACUGUCUGGCUAGAGUCCUUCGGCUGUUUGAUGAUGAGGAGAAGCGUGACGAGGCCACGGCCAUGCUGAAGGAGUCUGCGCGUUGCGGGAACGUUCAGAGCUUGUAUCUGCUGUGGGAAAUGAACCGCGGGACGUCGACGGCUGACCCCGGCAGGUAUCUGCAGUGCAUGCGCACGCUCAGGGACUACGCUGCCAGAGGAUGCUGGGAAGCUCAGCUGGCAUUCGCGAAGUCAUGUGGCACCGCAAACCCUCUGGGUCUGGAGCCGCGGGCCUGUGCUGAACUCGUGGCCCAGUUCUUCCACUCCGGACCAUCACCCCUGAGAUACCCGCAGAACCUGCAGGGACAGGACAUCACCACUAAGAGGUAUAUCCUGGUGGACUGGCUGGUGGAGGUGACCACCAUGAAAGAUUUCUCCAGUCAGGUGCUGCACGUGACCAUCGGCUGUGUGGACCGCUAUCUGAGCCGGCACUCGGUGCCCAAGGCGCAGCUGCAGCUCCUGGGCAUCGCCUGCAUGGUGAUCAGCACACGAUACAUCAGCAGAGAGAUCCUGACCAUCCGCGAGGCCGUCUGGCUCACCGACAACACCUAUCAGUAUGAGGACCUGGUGCGCAUGAUGGGGGAGGUCAUCUCCGUGCUGGACGGGAAGAUACGGACUCCCACAGUGUUGGAUUAUGGGGAGGUGCUGCAGUCUCUGCUGCCCGUGGAGCGGCGCAGCUCUCAUCUCUUCAGCUACAUCUGUGAUCUCUCACUGCUCUGCUCGCCCCUCACCGUCCCGGGACCGGCCCGACUCGCCAGCGCCGUUCUGCUGCUCACCAGAGCGCUGCACAACUACGUUCCUGUGUGGCCCGUCCAGCUGCAGGAAAACACCGGAUUCUCCAAGCAUGAGCUGGUCUCCUGCGCUUUAUCGCUCUACGUCAAGUGUUUCGGUCAAGAUGUGCCCAAAGACUACAGACACGUGUCUCUGACCGGAGUCAAGCAGAGGUUUGAGGACGACGUAUACCAGCAGAUUAGCAGAGACGCGGUCAUGGGCUUUAAGGAGCUCUGUCAGGUGCUGGAGGUCCCAGAGGUGGAGCCGGAGGUGGAGGCGCCCAGCGCUAGCACCCAGCUAACAGAGAUGCACACCUUCCUGUCCUCUCCCGCCAGCAACAGCAAGAGGAGGCGAGAGGACAGCAUGCAGGCGCACCGGGGCAGCUUCCUGGCCACGCCCACAGCCGAGCUGUCCACUCAGGAGGAGAUGCUGCUGGGAGACAUCCUGGACUGGAGCCUGGACACUUCCUACUCCGGCUACGAGGGCGACCGGGAGAGUGAAGGCGAGAAGGACAGGGAAAUAUCGGCUAUGGAGGUGCAGAUAGAGCCUGCGGUCGAGUGUGCUGACAGACAGACGCAUUGUUGCGCGCUCUCCAGCGAUGACGACAGCCUUUGUGAAGAGCACACUGAGGAGGAGGCGACGGGACCCUGGAAGCACCACCUGUCCUCCUCCUCCUCCUCGAGCACCUUUUGCACAGACCACCGCAGCUCGGGCUACUCGUCCAUCCAAAGCAUUCCCAGUCCGUCUGUCUCUUCCUCUCUGGUCUCUCCCCAAAAUCCCGCCGGUUUCCUUCUCCUGCUGCCACCCGCGCAAAGGACUCGCCGACAGGCGAAGAGGAAAAACACAGCGGCGCACAGCGGAGGAGAGGCGGAGCGCGACGAGGACGCUGCCAACGUGGCCUUUCUUAGCCUUUGAUUGAUGUACAGGAAGCUGUCAUCCCUUAACGCACCACUUCCUGGCCGCCUGCCAGGAGCACUUUGGUUCACGGGUGCUAAUGGUCUUUAUCUCAGAGCAGCGAGAGUGAGAUAAAGCGGCUGAAAUGUCCAUUUCUGAGCUUCAAAUGCGAUUAGAAGAACAAAGGUCACGUUUUUUCCCCCCAUAAUGCAUUUCACUUCGGCUCCCGAUGGCGGGAGCGCCUUUGCCCGACUCGCAACGGGAUAAGGCCUAAAAUGUGUUCAAAUCACUGGAACUGUCGCUGUUUUUGAAGUCUUGUGUACGUUGUUACGUCUUCGUAUUUACAAUUCCGGACUGUUUACAGAAAAGGACUUAUAGUUUAUCAAAUAUGUUUUUUACGAAGUUACAUGCAGAUAUGGAGAAAACCCACUCAGUCCAUGAAGUUUCAUGCUGAUAAAUGCACUGUCCAAACAAAACUGGUUUGUUUACGCAGAUGUUUCUCGUCACGUAUUUUGAUUAUUUAUCUGGAACUGGACCGAUCGACUCCAGUGUUUUUGUAUUUGCGCAUUGCUUUGCGUUCGCCACAAAUCUUCUGCCAAAGUUCUCGCAUUAACAAUUUUCUUACUGUUUUUCUGCUUGAUACCACUGAUGUUUUGACCUGUGAAACCUAUGGAAGCUUGUUUCCGACACUGAAUUA